AUGAAAUUCCGUGCCGUAGUUUCCGAAGACGCGCUCGUGAAGGGGUUUCUGCAAGUCGUCAGCACACUGUCGAAGGCGGACAAACAAUUAAUAAUUAACGUGCAGCCGACCAAGAUGAUACUGCAGAUCGAACCGGCGGCGUGCGAAGGCCAGUACGUGUGGUGCGAAAUGGUCCAGGGCCGGUUCUUUUCCGAGUUCGCCAUGGACGGGAUCGACGCAACACACAACCAGAUUUACAUGGUUGCCCAGGCAAGCAGCUUCGUGCGGGCGCUUUCGUUCGCCCGUCACAGCACCGUGCGUUACCUGAAGGUGAAGCUGAUUAAAACGGCCGCCACGCCGUGUCUAUCGUUUGAAAUGGCCGGCGAUAUCGACAGCAAUCAGGACGUCAUAUACCCGAAAGUGGAGCACUCGUUACCGGUGACGAUUAUGCCACGCAGCGAGUGGCAACAGUUCCAACUGCCGCAUACGCUUAAGUACGACAUCUCGAUUGAACUUCCCACGAUUAAGUCACUGCGCGCUCUGCUGGAGAAGAAGAAAAAUCUCGCGCCCACCAUCGCGCUGUACGCCACGAUGAACGGCGAGUUGUCGCUGGUGGUGGAGACGGAUGUGGUAACCGUGGCCAGUCAUUACCGCGACCUUGAACUCAGCCCACGCUGUGCGAGGGUUAGGCAGGAGUCGACCAAAAUGUCGGAAGCCAACUGCCGAGUAGACUCGCGAAAACUGGCCGCCCUGUUCGAGACGAUCUACAUAUCCGGUGCGGUCAUGACGGCGAGCAUUCGCCACGAGCAAGCGCUCAUUAUUAGCUUCGAUAUGAUGCAGGCCUGUGUCCUUAACUUCAUACUGCCAGCAAUGAAUUUCGAUUAAAAAACAUCCCUUUCUCAACUUGUAUAUACUCGUAACACUUAA